UAGAAUUGUGCGUUAGUCUCUGAAAAAUAGAAUCGAUGAUUUUACUUUUUAAUCAGAGUUAAAAAUUUAACUGUCACUUUAAAAAGUGUAUAAAAAAUUUCAUUGCUCCAAAAACUAUUUAUAUAGGAAUUAAUAUUUUUAUUUAUUAUUAUUGGGAUUAUACGUAUGAAUUUUUAAAUUAUAAGCGAAUACAAAAAAAACCAUAUAUUUUUUCAAAAAAAUAUUGAACAUAUAAUUGAGGAUAUGAAGAGUAAUUUAGGAUUUUCCACAUGUCCCAAUGUUCAGAUAAAAAGAUGGAUGAAUUGAGUGAUAUACAACAAUUUUAUAAGGGAAAAACAAUUUUUAUUACCGGUGGUACGGGACUCAUGGGAAAAGUCCUGGUAGAAAAGUUACUUUAUAGCUGUAGUGAUGUUAAUAAAAUCUAUUUAUUGAUGAGACCAAAAAGGGGCAGAAACGUUGAUAUGCGAAUAAAUGAGAUGUUUAAGUUACCUAUGUUUAAUAGAAUUCGAAAGCAGAAACCAAAUGUCAUAAAGAAUGUAAUACCAUUACAAGGAGAUGUCACACAGGAAAAUCUGGGUCUGAAUGAUGAUCAACUAGCAAUUAUUCAGGAAGAGGUUCAGAUUAUAUUUCACUUUGCGGCUACUCUCAGAUUGGAGGCAAAGCUAAAAGAUUCUAUUGAAAUGAAUACGGUGGGUACCAAAAGGAUAUUGAAAUUAAGCAAAGGAAUCAAGAAUCUCGUGGCUUUUGUUCAUUUGAGCACGGCUUUUUGUCACGUGGAUCAAGAAGAACUUGGAGAACGAGUCUACGAUUCUCCUGAUGAUCCACAAGACGUGAUGCGCCUCAUUCAAUGGCUAGAUGAAAGUGCAAUUGAUCUCAUCACACCCAAGUUAUUGGAGCCCCAUCCGAAUACAUACACGUAUUCGAAGCGUUUGGCAGAAAAACUUGUUGCCGAUGAACAUCCAAAUUUGCCGAUAGCAAUUGCCAGACCGUCAAUUGUAACUCCGGCCUGGUCAGAGCCUAUGCCAGGAUGGGUUGACAAUUUAAAUGGACCUGUUGGAUUACUCGUUGGUGGCGGGAAAGGAGUUAUUCGAUCAAUGCACUGUAAUGCCAAUUAUCACGCGGAAGUAAUUCCCGUCGACUUGGCUAUUAACGCUUUAAUUGGAAUUUCUUUUAAAAUCGCAACUGCCGUAGAAAAAACAAAACACAUACCUGUUUAUAAUAUAACGCAAAGUGGAGUAAUGCCAAUUACUUGGGGUGAGAUUUUGGAAAAAGGAAAAAAAGUCGUGCGCGAAUAUCCAUUUGAGGGUGCAAUUUGGUAUCCAGAUGGAGACAUUCGUAAAAGUAAAUUUAUCCAUAAUCUUUUCGUAUUCUUCUUUCAUCUUAUCCCAGCAUACUUCAUUGACUUCCUGAUGUUGCUAUUUAGACAAAAACGAUUCAUGGUGAGGGUACAAAAACGAAUUUCGGAUGGACUUGAAGUUUUGCAAUACUUUACUACCAGAGAAUGGGUUUUCCAUAAUACAAAUCUUCUCAUACUAUGGGGCGAUAUGAGUCCAAAGGACAAGGAGAUAUUUCCUAUAGAUUUUCUGACAAUAGAUGAAAUGGAAUAUAUAAAACACGUUGUCCUUGGUGCACGACAAUAUUGCAUGAAAGAAAAUUUGUCAUCAUUACCGAGAGCUCGAAUGCAUCAAAAGAUACUUUAUGCAAUUCAUUUGUUUGCCGUCUACUCAUUCUAUUUAGGUAUCCUCUACUACAUGUACAAAUAUUUUGGAGUAGUGAGAAUUUGUCUGGAUUUUGUGACAGAGAAAAUGAAACUCGUCCCAAUUAUUGGACAUCUCGUUAAUAAAAUUCAUUUGUAAGAAAAUGCAAUUAUUUUUUAUAUACGAAUAUUAAAUAUUGUAAUAUAUUAAUAUUAAAAAUUGUAAUUUUUCCAUUCAUA